AUUCGUGCUGCAUAGAUCUCUAAUAAUUACGAGCAAGAAUUUUAGACUAAUUUGACUGCACAAAAAUGGAAAACAGCACAAGGCAACACGUUGUCAGUGAGGAAGACAAGAAGUUUAUUUUGGAUUACUUGGAGAGACUAUAUUCCGUAAAUACAGAAACUAUGCCAAAAUUUUAUGUUGAUUUUGCUUCUAUGUAUGAUAAAGCCAACGCUAUUCUUAAGUACGAGCCCUUCAAAGGGCUUGCAAAAGACUUGGCUGUGUUCUUCGAGCAUAAAAAUUUAGAGAACAAGAAGAUUUUGGAUGUGGGAUGUGGCAAUGGAAAUCUUGGAAAGUCUCUUGUUGAAGAAGGAUUUAAAAAUAUUGAUGGUUUAGACAUAUCGGACAAGUUUCUAGAGAUGGCUAAAGAAACAAAAUGUUAUGGUAAACUAUUUAAAGCACUGUUAACAGGUAAUCCAACCCCAGGCAUCGAAGACAAUUCAUAUGACGUAGCUAUGUCUACUGGAUGUUACAUCGCUUGUCACCUUUCAAUGGAUACCAUAUUUGAGCUUGCACGUAUAGUGAAGCCCGGUGGUUACAUACAUUAUACAGUUUCUGAUCCAAACGACAAAAUGGAUUUUAUGUAUUGGCAAGGUAAGUUGAUGAAGGAAAAGAAGGCAGAGUUAAUCUACAUGAAGAAGGAGCCGUAUAGAUUAGAUCCAAGGAACAACUUUGAGAGAGUCUAUUGUUACUACGUCAUGUUCAAAGUAUUAUAACUUUUCAAGCGCUUUUAGUGUUCGCGUAAAACUUACUUUAAUAUCUUUUUUAUGUGUGAUUUAAUGUUUCUACAGUACAUAGAAGCUUUGGUUACAUCACAUAACUUGAAUACGUACAGGACCAAGUACGAUAAUCUAGAAACAAGGAAAACAUCUGAGGGAAAUCGUCCGAGUUAUCCUGGACGUUUAAUAACUUUGAAAUUUGCCAGACAAAUAAAAGUAGUCUAGUAAUUCGAACAGCGAAUGUUUUUUUUAACUCAAACAAAAUUUGUAUAGUGUCGAUUUAAUUUGUCUUAGCAAAUAUAUGCAAAAAUAUGGAAAUAUAGCAAAUAUAUCCAAAUAUAUGCAAAUAUAUGCAAAUAUAUUCCAAUGUAUGCAAAUAUCUCUAUAAUAAUAGCCGUCGUCUGUCUGUCUCUGCGCGGACCCCCGCUGAGUUAGAAAAUCAUGUUACAGAAACACGAAUAUCAAAUGCGAUAUAUUUUUAUCCACUUUGUUGCAACGGGUAAAUAUAAAGGACGGG